CUGUGUUGGGUCUCUGGAUAUCGUAGUAGAGGAUAUACAGAGCUAUAUUGCCCCAGCUGGAGACACUUCAACACAGAGCCCUCUAGAGACACUGUGCUGCUUCUCUUUCGCUCGCUUGCAUCCUCUUUGGAAAUGGCCCUGGACCAGAGCAACUCCACCUCUUUUCCUAGUUUUGAUAGCACAAAUGAGAGACACGAUAGAGAUAUUCACACAGGUUUUGGUUUGAACACAAUUGAUGACAAUAGUCUUUCCUUCAGCCCCUUUGCCAACAAUAACAACAAUAGCAACAACAAUACCACCAACAAUAUCAUCAACUAUUCUACCAAUGCAAAUCCAACCAACUCACAUUCUGUUAAUUUUACUCAACCACUGGUUCAAAAUGAUGAUCAAAUGAUAGAUAGUUUUUUGCAUGAUCUUGAUUUGGACUUGGAUAUUUAUCUCAGUGAUUUUAAUCCUUCACUAGGCUCAUCCUCUAAUAAUAACAAUACUAAUGUUGAUCCGAAACAGGUCCAAAUCCAAGAAAAAUUUCAAAAUCAAAGUCAAAAUAUCAAUUCACUAUUUCAGCCUCAAUCCCAAGCUCAAGCUCAAGCACAACCUCAAUCUUUCAAUACUCUAAAUAAUAAUUUUUCAGACAUCAACACUAAAAAUAACCAAACAAACAAGACAAAUCAAAAUGAUCAUCUAGACAUUUUCACAAAUGGCGACAAUAAUAAUGCUGCCAAUUUUAACACCAACUCUCAUAAUCUUAACAGCUCGAGCAUGCCAAAUAUUCAAAUUCUAUCUGAUUUAACUCAAAUUCAAAACAACAAAAAUAAUAUUAAUACUAUCAACAAUUUCAAUAACGAUUUAAACGUCUUUUUAAACAACAAUCCCAACAACAACAAUUUUUACUCUCCAGUUAUUGAUUCUAACCAUCUCAAUAAAAACUUGAAUAACAAUUCAAACAUGUUCUUCACUCCUCUAAUUUCUCCCUCGAUACCUUCAAUCGACAACCAAACUACAAAUAAUUUCAAUAAUAUCGGCAAUUCUCAAUUUAAUUCAAGUAUUAAUGUGAAUAAUAACAACAAUACCAAUACCAAUACUAAUACCAAUACUAAUACCAAUACUAAUACUAAUACUAAUACUAAUACUAAUACUAUGACUACUUCUACCCUAAAUAUCAACAAUAAUCAAUUUAACAAAAGUCUCUUUCAAAACCAAUCUCAAAAUGUUUAUCAAAAUGUUAGCAACACAAAUUUUCCAAACAAUUUUGUUCAAUUAACCUCUCCUGCUUUAAAAGCCUAUAAAUCUCCAUUAUACUAUAAUAAUAAUAACAACAACAACAACAAUAACAAUAACAAUACAAAUAACAACAAUACAAACAACAACACUACUCAAAAAUUCACUCACUCACAUCAAAGAACUUUUCUGAACUCAAAAUUUAUCAAUUCAAAUAGUCUAGUCUCAAAUUCAAAUUCAACUUCUCCCGAUAGUGCUCAAAGUUAUAAUUCAAUUUCAACUAAUCCAACUAUAAAUUCCAUUCAUUCUUUUAAUUUCCCAAUUUCAAAUAUAAUCCCCAAUAAUAUCAACAACUCCAACAAUACCAACUCUAAUAAUAAUGACAUUUCUAACAACAACAAUAAUAAUAAUAAUAAUAAUAAUAAUAAUAAUAAUAAUAAUAAUAAUAAUAAUCACAAAAACAAUUCAAACAAAAUUCAACAACAACCUUCUCAGCCCUCUCAACCUUCUCAACCUUCUCAACCUUUGUUAUUACCUGCUCCUUCUAAAAGGUCCUCCAAACAACUGCAAAGAUCUAUUUCAUCAAAUUUAAUCACUCAGUCUUUGGGUUCUCCUUCAAGCUCCCCUGCUAAUUCUUCUUCCACUCUAAAUUCCACGCCAACUGGGAGAAUAUCAAAAAAAAAUUCUCCUGUUAUCAAACCCGGCACAAGACAAUCUCCUAGAAUUAUUCCCUACCAUAGAAGAAAAUCUUCAUUCACUGCAUCUACUUUACAGCUUUUACCUGAAUCUCAAUAUCAAGAAAAUACAAUGCUACCACCACCUCCAAACUCUUAUGUUAAAAACAUUUCAAAUUCUCAAAUUCAUUAUUCAAGUUUAUCACCAAAUAUGUCCCAAAAUUUAAACAUUACUCCUGCUACAAUAAUGAAUUUUAAAGAUAAAAAAACUUUACAAUCGAAAGACCUUUCCAGAAAUUCAAGCACUUCAACCUCUCAUCUAAUGAACCAAAAGACUCAGCAAAUUAUUAAACCAAUUCAGUCUCAACAAAAUCCAGUUCAAAUAUUACCAUCUAAUAUUAACUAUAUGCAUCGUUCUUCUAUUACUCAAAACUCUCCCAUAAUUUUGCCUCAUUCUUCUUCAAGUACUUCUUUAUCAAAUCAUUACAAUUCUGAACUAAACUCUGAUAUAGACAAUAAUUUUAAUAACCCAAAGACAAUUACUACAAAAAAUUCAACAAAAGUCAAUAUUAAUUAUUUAGAAACUGGUAGUACCAAAAGAAAUUCACAUAAACUUGCUGAACAAGGAAGAAGAAAUAGAAUGAACAAUGCGAUUAUUGAAUUAGGUGGGUUGAUUCCCAAAGAAUUGAGGGAUUCUGUUCCAAUUCCAAGUAAAGCAACCACUGUUGAAUUAGCGUAUCAAUAUAUUCAAAAUCUUUUGAAAGAAAUAGAAGAGUUAAAGAUGCAAUCAAAACAAGACGAAAAAUGCGAUCGACUGGAAACAGUAUUAGAUCCUAAAAUUAGUAGAACGGACGAUGUUCAUAUAAAUGACAAAUUUAGUCACCAAGAUAGUACAGUAGAUGAAAAUAAUAAAGAUAAAGAUAAUGAAGAAAAUAAAGAUAUAAAAACCCAAAGUUCUGAAAACAAAGAUAACUUUUUAGAAAAUUUAGAUAGUGAUUCUGACAAUGAAAACAUCGAAGCAGAUUCAAAUAACAAAGUAGAGUCUGUAUUCAAAUCUGGGGAUAAAAAUGAUAACAAUAUUGAUGUUGAGCCUGAAGACUCAAAAGAUUCUUUGUCUUUUGAUACAAAUGGGGGUGAAAACAUUCAAAAAACUGCAGACUGGAAAGAAGCAAGUCCAUCUACUCAAGAUUAAUCAAUAAAUCACAGAAGAAUACUGCUUUAUUUUUUUAUACUUUUUUUUAUUAUGUAAUUUAUUUGUUUUAAUUGGUUUUCGGUUUUUGAUAUGAUGUUAAUGGUGUUGAUUAAUGACAAAGUUUUUUGAAGGCAUUAUAAUAGUAUAAAUAAAAU